AUGACGAGACCGCAAAUCAUCCGCGCCGACUCGAUUGAUCUUCAGGAUCACGACACACCCUCGGCAAAGGAACACAAACACCCAGCUUCCAGUCAACUUGCCAAUGGCCAGUCUCUAGGACCACACCAAGCCGAAACCCUUCGAGAGGUUGCUGCCGAGACAAAAGAAGACCGAAGAGUCUCAUGGACGAAUGGGGAUAUUGGCGAUAUUCAUCAGUACAUCGACGACGGAAUGCAGCAACAAGAUGCCUUGGCCAUUGCCCAGAAUGGCGGGGGCACCGACGAUGGCCAGUUGGAUACUGACGGGGAGGAUGACCUCGAUGACGAUGACGACGAUGAUAUGAUGGACAAGAUUUCGAGUUCCCCUUCAAUUGAAGAUGGUGAGGACGCCCCUUCAUUGCCGCCGCCUUGGCCGGCUCGCAUUGAUUCUUUGCGCAAUCAAUCGCCACCCAAAAGCUCUCCGGUAUCCAGCGAACCGAGAUCAUCGUCGCCGUAUCUUCAACGGCCUGACUAUUUACCCAUCCCCUUUCAUCUUCCCAAUGAGCAGUCAAGCAAGGCUUCUGCUCAAACAAUGAAAUCUAGUCAUCAUCUAUCUGGUGAGUAUGCUGGAUUGGACUACGAUAAGUCCGACAACGACGAAACCGAUGAUUCGGAAGGAUCGGACGCCCACAAUGCCGCAGAUGGCAAAUCCCACACAUGCAUAAAAAACAACGGAAAGCAAAGUGAUGAGAAUUUCAAGCAUGAUGAAAUUGUCGAUCCAAAUGAAGCCGACAUAUAUGAAGCCACCGAAAACGACCUGGCAGACCCAGACGAGCCAAUGUCGCCAUACGACUUUCUGAUUCCCUACGACGCAUCAGAUGAUGACUACGAUGACUUUUCCUUGACUGAUGAGCCUGAUUUUGUUGAUUCCGGCUGGGGUGCAGAGUGCUUACAAGAUUUAGAGGACAUUGACUUCGAGUUUGUUUACGCGCUUCAUACAUUUGUCGCUACCGUCGAGGGACAGGCGAACGCCACAAAAGGAGAUACCAUGGUCCUUCUUGAUGACAGCAACAGCUACUGGUGGCUUGUGCGAGUUGUAAAGGACAGCAGUAUCGGCUAUCUGCCGGCGGAACACAUUGAGACACCAACCGAGAGGUUGGCUCGUCUUAACAAACACAGAAAUAUCGAUUUAGCACAAACGAUGCUUGGAGAUACGCCAGACAAGGGCAAAAGCUCACUCAAGACGGCAAUGCGGAGGAGAAAGAAGACAGUCACUUUCACAGCCCCUACAUAUGUGGAAGCUUCCGACGUCGACUAUUCCAGCGACGAGGAGGAUGAGUUGGAGGCAGAGGCUACCGCUCAAGAUCAGGCCACGCAGCAGGCACAGGCCCAGCAAGCAGCUUCAGAUGAGACUGCGGAAGAUGAGUCCGCCAAGGUUGAACCACUAAAGCCGCGGUCGCAGAAGCAGGCGGGAGUCGAGGCUGCUCUUGACGAAACAAUUGCGGAGGACGAUGCCGAGGGACGGGCCAGUGAGGAAAUAUUUGAUAACAGGAACGAGGCACGGGUCAGGACGACGAAGAACGGCACUGUCAGGAACACCGAUUCGUUCUUCAAGGAUGAAACCAUUGAAACCAAGAAGAUUUCCCUGACUCCAGCUCUGUUCCGAGACGACGAAACGAGGGACUCUAACUCGCUGGACUCGCAAGGAUUACGCUCACGGCCAAGCUUCGACCGCUUGGAAAAGGAACUGGUCUCAGACAAGCAAAAGAAGAAGGAAAAGGAAAAGAAGGAUAAGGACAAGAAGCCCAGCGGUAUCCGCGGCUUGUUCUCUCGCAGUAAGGAUAAGAAGAAGAAGUCCGACGACGGUGACGAUGAGUCCUUGGGCAAGCGGUCUCUGGAAGCAGGUACCGAAGCCGGCGAUGAAGAAUCCAAAUCAGCGGAUGCGGAAUCGUCGCCAGACAAGAGCCCAGGCCCUCAAAGGAGCUCGAGCAAACUUCAAAAGCAGCAGAGGGGAGAUCCUUCGCCCACGAGGAAGAACAGCAAUGCUCGGGAUACGCAAGCAACUGCCCAUGAGGCUGCUCAGGCAAUGGCAAAGGCCAAGGAGGCUUCCGCUUCUCUUAGAAUGGUGGAGUCGGAACCCAUUGAUGCCAUAGAAGUGUUACCACUGAGCCAGGAGAAAUCGAAGAUUUCCAAAAUACUGCACCCGCCUCCAAAGGUCAGCAAGGCCAAGUCACGAGUUGAGCUGGACGAUUUCGACUCCUCCGAUGAUGGCGAGAUCGUCUCUGCCCCAGAACCCAGCAGGGCAGCACCUGCACCAGCACCAGAGGCAUCGCAGAGACCUGCCCCAGCGCAACAGCCAUCACGUCCAACGUUACCGGGCGCCUACCCAGAUAGCUAUAUUAGCACACAAGUCCCGACGCCGCUACAGGAGCAGCCGCCGUCCGCACAGCCUACGCAGCGUUUGCAGAAUGCUUCCGGGAGACUCUCAGAAUCGCCCGUACAGGUGUCUCCGAUCACGUCAUCGCAUCCUCCUGCUCUCGUAGGCGACACGUCAAGUCAAGAAGACCGCUCCUCGCCAGUCUCUUCGCCCUCACCCGAGCUCAUGGAUGGCAGCAACCGGGGCCAUCAUAAUCAAGAUUCCAUGACGUCUACCUCGGCUGCAGGUUCAACGACCUGGAAUGACAAUAACUUGCGCGCCUUUUUCGACUCUAGCACUGAGAUCCGAGAUCUCCUUACAGUCGUCUACGAUAAGUCGGACGUCCCGCCAGCUGGCCCGGAUCAUCCUGUCGUGGGUACCUUGUUCAAAGAACAAAAUGCCAAGCUGGCAGAAAUCACUUCGCAACUCGAUAACAUGCUUGGUGACUGGCUAGCUCGAAAGCAACGCCUUCGAGGCACCGUCUAA